AUUUCUCAAGGCGAACUUUUCCAGCCCGCCUUCCCUCCUGCCGACCAACCCAGCAGGAACUAAUCCCCCCAUCGACUCUUCAGAUCAUCAACAUCUCGAGUCAACAGUCAAGAUGGGUACGUGAGACUAAACAUCUCUUAAGCCUUUGUAUGCAAGUGGACGAUCGGAAACGGUCUCUGCGAUUACGAUGGCGCUGCCAAUUCUCCUCCGGGCGAGGAGUUUUGGAUGGAGCGAGGCAGAGGUUGUGACAGACCUCCGCCUUGCGAGUGCUGCCGCACACAUCUGAGCAUACAUGAGCCAAAGGCUGACGAGGAAACUUUUUGUCUCUUUGUAGGUAUCGAUCUCGACCGCCACCACGUGCGCAACACCCACCGCAAGGCGCCCAAGAGCGACAAUGCGUACCUCAAGCUCCUGGUGAAGCUGUACCGCUUCCUGGCUCGUCGUACCGACUCUGCCUUCAACAAGGUUGUCCUGCGCCGCCUGUUUACCUCGCGCAUCAACCGCCCCCCCGUCUCCCUGUCUCGUGUCAAGGCCAACCUGAAGAACGGCAACGAGAAGAAGACCAUCGUUGUUGUCGGCACCAUCACCGACGACAACCGCCUGCUCGAGGUCCCCAAGGUCCAGAUCGCCGCCCUGCGCUUCACCGCCACCGCCCGCGCGCGCAUCCUGGCCGCCGGCGGCAGCGCCCUGACCCUCGACCAGCUCGCCCUGGAGAAGCCCACCGGUGCCAACACCCUGCUCCUGCGCGGCCCCAAGAACAGCCGUGAGGCCGUCAAGCACUUCGGCUUCGGUCCCCACAAGAACAAGAAGCCCCACGUCCUCUCCAAGGGCCGCAAGUUCGAGCGUGCCCGUGGUCGCAGACGCUCGCGCGGUUUCAAGGUGUAAAGGAUUUCCUUCUCUUUGCACUUUUUCUCUGGGAUCUUGUGUCAUGGGGGUGCUGGUCCUUACUGCUUGGAUGGCACGCCUGGGAUGGUUACUGCUACGGCUUCAUCGCGGCGGCGUUUCUCCGCCGCUUUCAUGGUUUCACGAGGGCGUUGUGUCUGGCGCGGAGUGGAAUGGUAUUACCACAAAAAAAGCUAUGAUGACUUGAAUUUGAGAGCCAACUUUGGGUCGAUUCCUACUACGACAACUCUGCGCCAGGUGGCGGUGCCAGACGUGAGAUGUGAUGUGUGGGCCACUUGCGAGGAGGCAACUUGCCCGUCGGAGAAUUGUUCCAUAUCGUCAAGCCCGAGGAAUGCAAAUCCUGGAAGCAAAUCAA